UAAUCCUGUUUCCUCAGACUGGAAUCCUCUGAGUCCUUAUCAAGAAUGAAUCUCAGCUGAGUGCUGCUCAAAAGUCUAAAAGCUUAACCAGGCCCAAAGCUUCUAGUUUCUGGUCCUCACACCUUAUAUACCUUUCUGCUUUCUGCCAUCACUUCCCGGGAUUAAAGGCUCGAGUCACCAUUCCUGGCUGUUUCCAGUGUGGCCUUGAACUCACAGAGAUCCGAGUGGAUCUCUGCCUUAGGAAUGCUAGGAUUAAAGGUGUGUAUGUGACCAUUUUCUGGCCUCUAUGUCUAUCUAGUGGCAGUUCUGUUCUCUGACCCCAGAUAAGUUUAUUAGGGUGCACAAUAUUUGGGGGAACACAAUAUCACCACAGAGAAGCAAAUCUUUGUGUUUGUGCAGUGACUCUGCAUGUGGGACGUUGUCUUCAAAGUGGUCUCAAUUCAUUCUCUAUUCUGCAUGGAAAUCUAAUCAGUCUCGACAUACCUGAUUACAUAUGGUCUACUGAGACAGGAGGAUUCCUGAGACCCAUACAGGUGGGCUCAGAGUACAGUAAGAGUUCCAGAUGGGCCUAAGGUAUAGUGUGAGACAUUAAAUGGAAAAAAAAAAUCUACCAAAGUAAUAAUGUAAAUAAGAGGAUGAAUCCUAGAGCUCAGACUUUGAGGAGGAGUAUUAUGGAUGAACCUGGGACCUUGACCAUCAUCUCAGAUUUCAUCCAUUACCAAAGUAUGGUUUGAUUCACUCAAAUUACUGAUGCAAAAUCCCAAAUAGUUAGAUUAUGUGGGUGAGAAUUUCCUCAUCCAAUCAGGUGGCAGCUUGUGCCUAAGAGGUGGGGCUCCGAUUAAAUGGGUGAGAACUUCCUCAUCCAAUCAGGUGGCAGCUUGUGUCUAAGAGGUGGGGCUCCAAAGGGAAAGCCAAGGAGACGUGGAUAUAAGGGUCAGAAUAGCUAGGCAAGACACUGUGAGCAUUGGAACCUGAAGUGACUGUCUUACCCCUGCUGCCACGGGAAGACCUGGAACGAGUGUCUUACCAGGCUGGCCUCAAACUCAGAGAUCCUCCUGCCUCUGCCUCCCGACUGCUGGGAUUAAAGGAGUGUUGCCCCACCGCCCUGCCUCAAAGGGAUUUUAGACAGAGGAUCUGAUCUUGGGAAGGUUUGUCAAAAAUGUCAAAAGCCUGGUUCACCGCCUCUCCCACCAGCACCAAGAGCUGCAGCGGCUCCGGUAAGGACCCCGAGGCGGCAGCAGCGUGUGCCGCCUCGGUCGCGGGUCGGGCGCGCCCGGUAUUGGCUUCUGCCGUGCUGCCCACCACCAACACUGCCUCGGAGAGCAAGGCCAGCCCUGCGGGGACGGCAGGGGGACCCGGGGCUGGAGCCACCACUAGGGCCACCGGCCCCAUGGCAUCGCGAGCCAGGGAGCCUGCCGAGAGGCGGCCUGGGCAGGCCUCGGUGGCAGCGGGCGGCAGGGCUCAUCCCGAAGGGGCAAUGUCUAAGGGGGUUUAUGCGCUGCCGAGCAAGGCCAACCGAGAAGUGAAGCCCGUAGCGUCCAGCACGCCUCUGGCGGACCUCUUGAUGCAGCUGGAGGAUUACACUCCUACGAUCCCGGAUGCAGUGACUGGUUAUUACCUGAACCGUGCUGGCUUUGAAGCUUCAGACCCACGCAUAAUUCGGCUCAUCUCACUAGCUGCCCAGAAGUUCAUCUCAGAUAUUGCCAACGACGCCCUACAGCACUGCAAAAUGAAGGCCGCCGCCUCUGGCAGCUCUCCGAGCAAGAGGAAGGACAGCAAGUACACCCUUACCAUGGAGGACUUGACCCCUGCCCUCAGAGAAUAUGGUAUCGAGGUGAAGAAGCCGCACUACUUCACCUGAACCACCUAACCCAGACCUAUUUGUCUUUUCCUCUG